UAUAUAUAUAUAUAUAUAUAUUUGUGUGUGUGUGCAGUUGAAGCUUAUAUAUUGCACUAGUAAACUAGUUAUUACAUAUUCUAUUAUGUCUAUACAAGUUUUGGACAGAUUUGCAAAGUAAAGAUGCAAAGAUAUGAUCAUUUCGCACUGUUUAUCUUUUUACAAUAUCAAGUGCUCUGAUAAAGCAAUAUUAAUUCAAAUUGAUUCAUUUUUUUAUCAUUCUGAAUUGGACAUAAAAAGUUGAUACUUACGCAAAUGCAGACGAAAUACAUACAAACUAGAAAUUUUUUGUAGCAUAUAAUUUCUGAGUUUGUGAACUGAGCACUAAGGAAAUGGGAAAAGCCGAGCCAAGUCUUGAUGAUAUACUCAAGAAACAAAAUAUGGCAAGUUCUAAAAUGGAUUCAACGGGAGAUAACACAGUUUAUUAUCUUAAACAUCAAUGUAUAGACAAAAUACAACAAAAGUGUAAAAAAUUCUUUGAAGAUGCAAAGGUCUUUGAUAAAGUUGAUAGCAUGAUGAAAUAUUUGCUAUCCCACCCUCUCCUAUUAGCCGGUUUCAUUAUUGUUGUUGCAACUUUGGUUAUUCCAAUAUUUUUAUUUACAAUCUUUGCUAUUAUAAAUGUUGCAAUUGCUUUUACUAGUUUUAUAAUUAUUGAAGUAAUGCUGCUGAUGAUUGGAAUGACAGUUCUUAGUUGUAUUAUGUUUCUUAUUAUUACAACGAUAGCAGUUGUAGCAAUAUCUUUUCUUUUGUCAUUCUAUGUUACUUACUUUUCAUUUUUGCUAGUCAGAAGAAAAUUGAUAAGUAAAUAGUAAUAAUGCAGUAUUAUACAAAGGAUUAUUUUUAAUUAUUCCAGUAGUACGUUAACUUGUGAAUAAGAAAUGUCUAUUAAAAACAAAUUUUUUCACUAGUGCGUAUUUCAUGAAAAGUAUUGUAAUUUUUAUUUUUUCAAAAAAUAUAUAUUUUUUAUAAGAAGUAAAAAAAAGUCGUUUUUAUAUCUAAUGUAAAGGAUGUGAGGUAAUAAAAUAUCGCAUAAUUUAUUACAAAUGUGAUAAGCUCAAAGGCUAGUGUCAAAGAAAAAAAUUAUAAAAAAAAUCACAAUUAAUGAUAAAAGAAGUUAUUUGUUCUCUUUACAGUCUUUGGUUAUCCUUGUGUUAUCCACUGUAGAUUGAAAUACACCGUCCCAUGAUAAAUCUCUUAAUGUUUUGUAAUCUAUGUCACUUUUGUACGAAAUUUUUUGCAAAUAGUCUUUUUUGUUUGUUAUAU